UGGUCGUCCCCCAACUUGACGGUUGCUGGUUCGAUCCUCACAGACCUUUGACUGUCUUGGAAGUGGAAAAGCGCUAUACAGGAGAAAUACCAUUAACUACGUUCCUGGGUUUUUAUCUGCAGCGUGUGUUCUGACAAAACAAGGCAAUAUUUUAACCAGAUUGGCACCAAAUUCAAUGCCGCACCAUCUCUGAACAGGAAAGUAAAAUGAAAGAAAAGAUUUAAGAUUGAACAAAACUUUGUCAGAAAUAGAACAUAUGAAUGGAAGCUAUAUAAAAUGUCUUAAAUCAGCUACAGGAUAAAGAAAAAAAAAAGAAUCUUUUCUCUGUUGAGGUCUAUGGAGUUCAUGAAUGUACUGUAUUUGGGUCUAUCCUGCUUUCCCCAGGCCAAGUAUAGCGAGUGGAACAGUUGCAGAUGGCUUGUUUCAGGAAACCACGGGCCCAAAAGGGAUCCCUCUCUGCUGUGCAUUUAGUAUACAAACUACAAAGGCAAGCUGCGGUCAGCACACCCUUGUGAAAGGGGCUAAAAUAGUGUCAGCAGGAUGUCCAACAGACUGCAAGCAAGCAGACGAUAGAGCAAAACAGAAACCUGCACGACAAGGAGAGGGUAACAAGACAUUGCUAAGAUCACAUUCAAUUUCGAGUCUUUUUAAUGUGAGAUUUCUCGGAUGUUGCUCCUCUGAUUAGAAGCAAACCUGAAUCCGACCACCAUGACUUGAUUGCAGUGAUCGUAGCCUGCUGUAAUCUUGCCCCCGGCAUACCAAGACUCAUGUUUGCAUCUGACUGGGUCAGGACUAUUUCCUGGGGACGUAAUCUAAAGGAAGCCUUGCUAUCUUGACAUGCUUCUAAAGAACUUCAUUGUCAAACAGAAGAAGUCACAAGUAUGCAUGCUGGCUUGGGAUUUUGCGGAGCUCCCACGUCCCAGCAGCAGCAGCAGCAGUGCACCUCGGCGGGUAGAGAACAUCCACGCAAGAGUCGGGGAUAAUACAUAUGGAUGUGGCAGGAGCACCAAAGGCGGAAAGGCUGGCGUGACGGGGGGAAUAGUUUGCCAUUAUUGUUAUUAUUAUUAUUAUUAUUAUUAAUAUUAUUAUUAUUACAGGAGUACAGUGUACCGCUCUUCUCUGAACGUGGACAAUCAUGCAUGUGCUCUUUUGGGGCUUGGGGUUCCUGUUAUUCCCUGAUUUAUUGAAUGUAGACGCAACAGCAGGGACGCUACUCCUGAAGUCAAGCACAGUAAAAGAGGAAAUCGGCGCCUAUGAGAUUGUAACACCGGUGCGAGUGGACGAAGCCGGUGAAAAGUUUCCAAGCAGCGUGCACUUCAAGAGGAAACGACGAAGCUUGGACGAGAAUAACACUUCCACGGAGCACUGGGCCUCUUCAAAUAUUCACUACAGGAUUUCUGCUUUUGGACAAAACUAUCACCUCAAUCUGACGCUGGACUCGGGAUUUAUCGCCCCACUGUACACUGUGACAGUACUUGGAGUACGCAGAGGAGAUAACAUAACGGGUUUGGCAACAGACGAGGACGAGGAUGAGGAUGAGGACACCGAAUUAAGACACUGCUUCUAUAAGGGACAAGUAAAUGCGCAAGCGGAGCACGCCGCAGUCAUCAGUUUGUGCUCAGGAUUGUUUGGUACCUUCAGGUCUCCAGAAGGGGAGUACUUUGUUGAACCCCUUCAUAGCUAUCGAGGAGAAGAUUAUGAAGAGGAACACACAAAACCUCAUAUCGUGUACAGGAAGAGUGCACCCGAGAAACAGAAAGCCGGGGGGAACGCAGCUUGUGACACUUCAGGACAUAAAGACAGACAUAUGAGGCCUAAACUGAGCAGGAAGCCAACAGCUGGGGCGACCUCCGACGAAGAAGCACCCGUUCCCAGCGCUAGUAUAUUAAAUGAUGUGGAGUCACUAAGUGCCCGUCUGACCAGUGAUGCCUUGCUGAGAUCACAAAGCAGCAAUGUCGGUAGAAACGACAGCAACAGCAACAGCAACAGCAGCAGCAGCGACUCCAGACCUCACAAGCGAUCAAAGCGCUUCCUCUCCUACCCGCGCUUCGUUGAAGUCAUGCUGGUGGCGGACAGCAAGAUGGUGGACCAUCACAGCAGCAACCUGCAGCACUACAUCCUCACGUUAAUGUCUAUUGUGUCUUCCAUCUACAAGGACCCCAGCAUUGGAAAUCUGAUCAACAUUGUCAUUGUCAAGUUAGUCAUUAUCAACAAUGAACUAAAUGGUCCUCAGGUUUCCUUUAACGCACAGACCACUUUGAAGAACUUCUGCAUUUGGCAGCAGAGUCAGAAUGUCCUGGAUGAUAACCACCACUCGCACCAUGACACGGCCAUCCUCAUCACCAGGCAAGAUAUUUGCAGAGCAAGGGAUAAAUGUGACACCUUGGGACUGGCAGAGUUGGGUACCGUGUGCGAUCCGUACAGGAGCUGCAGCAUCAGCGAGGACAACGGCCUCAGCACAGCGUUCACCAUCGCCCAUGAACUGGGUCACGUGUUCAACAUGCCUCACGAUGACAGCAACAAAUGUAAGGAGGACGGCGUCAAGAUUCAGCAGCACGUGAUGGCCCCCACCCUCAACUACAACACAAACCCUUGGAUGUGGUCCAAGUGUAGCAGGAAGUACAUCACAGAGUUCCUCGACACAGGCUAUGGUGAGUGCUUGCUCGACGAGCCCGUUUCUAGGCCAUACAGUCUCUCGCAGCAGCUGCCUGGACGGAUAUACGAUGUCAAUAAACAGUGUGAAUUGAUAUUUGGGCCAGGAACACAGGUGUGCCCUUAUAUGACCCAAUGUCGGAGGCUGUGGUGUACUAGCCCAGAGGGCGCCCAGCGGGGCUGCAGGACACAGCAUAUGCCGUGGGCUGACGGCACUGACUGCUCUCCUGGAAAGCACUGCAAACACGGCCUCUGCAUAGCCAAAGAGCACGACGCCGCACCUGUGGAGGGGGCAUGGGGAGUUUGGAGUCCUUUCGGUACCUGCUCUCGGACUUGUGGCGGGGGCAUCAAGAUGGCAGUGCGCGAAUGCAACCGACCCGUACCCAGGAACGGAGGGAUGUACUGCGUCGGUCGCCGAAUGAAGUUCCGUUCCUGUAACUCUGAGCCGUGCUCCAAGCAGAAGAAAGAUUUCAGGGAGGAGCAGUGCGCCGCUUUCGAUGGCAGACAUUUCAACAUCAACGGUCUACCUCCUAACGUUCGCUGGGUGCCCAAAUACAGCGGAAUCCUGAUGAAGGACAGGUGUAAACUGUUCUGCAGGGUGGCAGGCAGCACGGCCUACUAUCAGCUCAGGGACCGGGUUACCGACGGCACGCCUUGUGGACCUGAUACCAAUGACAUCUGCGUCCAAGGCUUGUGUAGACAAGCUGGCUGUGACCAUGUACUGAACUCCAAAGCCAGGAGAGACAAGUGUGGUGUAUGCGGAGGGGACAACUCUUCCUGCAAAACUGUGGCAGGCACCUUCAACAUUGUACGCUACGGCUACAAUGAAGUCGUGCGGAUACCCAGUGGUGCUACAAACGUGGAUGUGCGUCAACACAGCUACUCAGGGAAACCAGAGGAUGACAACUACCUCGCCAUAUCAAACAACCGUGGAGAGUUCCUGCUCAAUGGAGAGUUUGUAGUCAGCAUGUUCAAAAGGGAAAUUAAAGUCGGAAACGCUGUCAUCGAGUACAGUGGAUCCGACCAUGUUAUUGAGAGGAUCAAUUGUACCGAGCGCAUCGAGGAGGAGAUCAUCGUCCAGGUGCUGUCUGUGGGGAACCUUUACAACCCAGAUGUCAGGUACUCCUUCAACAUCCCCAUAGAGGAUAAACCUCAGCAGUUCCUCUGGGAUGCCUAUGGUCCGUGGCAGGAGUGCAGCCGCCUGUGCCAAGGUGAGAAGAAGAGGAAAGUUCUUUGUAGCAGAGAGUCAGACCGCGUGGUGGUGUCGGACCAGAGAUGCCAUGGCGUACCAAGACCCGCCAUCAUCUCUGAGCCCUGCAACACAGAAUGCGAACUGAGGUGGCAUGUUGCCCGAAAGAGUGAGUGCACAGCUCAGUGUGGUCUGGGAUAUCGCACCCUGGAUAUAUUCUGUGCUAAGGUCAGCCGCACGGAUGGGAAAACCCAGAAAAUCGAUGACCGCUACUGUAGCGGUCAACGCAAACCUGAUGACAAGGAAGGUUGCCAUGGAGAUUGUAAUUCCGGAGGCUGGGAGUACUCACCCUGGUCAGAGUGCUCCAAAAGUUGUGGUGGGGGCACCCGCCGAAGAGGGGCAGUGUGUCGAAAGGCAGCGGAGCCCGAGGGCGAUGAGAGCAAAUGUAGUCAAAGAGACAAGCUGGCCGUCCAACCCUGCAAUGAAUUCCUCUGUCCACAAUGGAAGACCGCCGACUGGUCCGAGUGCCUGGUCACGUGCGGGAAAGGCUAUAAGCACCGCCAGACGUGGUGCCAGUUCGGUGAGGAUCGUCUAGAUGACCGCUUUUGUGGUUCAUCGAAACCUGAGUCGGUCCAGACGUGUCAGCAGCAGGAGUGUGCCUCUUGGCAGGUCGGCCCCUGGGGACAGUGCACUACCUCGUGUGGGCUCGGGUACCAGAUGCGAGCUGUCAAGUGUGUUGUUGGGUCUUAUGGGGCUGUCAUGGAAGACUCUGAAUGUAAUGCUGCCACCCGACCCACUGAUGCCCAGGACUGUGAAUUAUCCCAGUGUCCAAACAGUCAUCCUGUUCCACCAGGACCCAAAGUCCCUUCUCAUCAGGGACAUAAAACCCAGUGGCGGUUUGGUUCCUGGACCCAGUGCAGCGCCAGCUGUGGCAAAGGGACACGGAUGCGUUAUGUAAGUUGCCGUGACAACCACGGUGGCGUCGCAGAAGACUCGGCAUGUGCUCAUCUCCCGAAACCUCCCGCCCGAGAAGUGUGCUCUGUUGUGGCCUGUGGACAGUGGAAAGUGUUGGAAUGGACAAUGUGUUCGGUAACCUGUGGUCAGGGGAAGACCACACGCCAAGUGGUCUGCGUCAACUUCAGUGACCAAGAGGUGAACGCUAGUGAGUGCGACCCUGACGAUCGGCCAAGCACGGAGCAGGACUGCGCCAUGUCUCAAUGCCCGUCCUACGCCAGCGAUUCCAAACCUUUCCCAUCCUCACCAAACAGCAGUGCACGGAACAUCAUUCCUCAAAGCCAAUCCCACCAAUGGCGGACCGGACCCUGGGGCGCGUGCUCCAGCACAUGUGCAGGAGGCUUUCAGCGGCGAGUCGUUGUGUGCCAGGAUGAGAACGGCUACCCUGCCAACAGCUGUGAGGAUCGCACCCGGCCCAGUGAGCAGCGAUCCUGUGAGUCGGGGCCAUGUCCGCAGUGGAUCUAUGGCAACUGGGGAGAGUGCACCAAGCCAUGCGGAGGCGGGAUAAAAACCAGGCUGGUUGUAUGUCAACGUCCAAACGGUGAGCGUUUCAACGAUCUGAGCUGCGAGAUCCACGAUAAGCCGCCGGAUCGGGAGCAGUGCAAUACUCAGCCGUGCCAUUCUAGCCCCCACUGGAGUACAGACCCAUGGAGCUCGUGCUCAGCUUCCUGUGGAAGAGGCUUCAAGUCCCGUAAGGUGUACUGUCUAACCAGCUCGGGACACUCGCUUGAUGAUGACGACUGCCAGCACUUGACCCCCAAACCCAGCAAGCAAACACGCUGCCGAGGUGGCCGAUGUCCCAAAUGGAAGACUGGCAGCUGGGAGGAGUGCUCAGCCUCCUGCGGUGAUGGCAUCCAGCGACGGGAAGUCAUCUGCCAGACUGGAGCCAAAAGGAGCCCCCUGGAGACCGACUGCCCGGACCGCUCCCGUCCGCCAUCCAGUCAGAGCUGCCGUGUCGCUGAGUGUCCCACUCGGUAUCGAUGGCGAGAGGGAGACUGGCAGGCGUGCAGUAAAUCAUGCGCAUCGGGCCACAGAAGACGUGCUUUACAAUGUGUGGAUGACCGCCAGCAAGAAGUCCAUGAAAUGUACUGUGUGAACCAAAUCAGACCACCCGACAUAGAAAGCUGCAAUACCCACGCCUGUGAAUUCAUCUGGAUCACAGGGGAAUGGACCGAGUGCUCAGCCAGCUGUGGACAGGGCUACCGCCAGCGUCUGAUCUCCUGCAGCGAGGUGCAUGUGGAGAAUGACAACUAUGAGUAUGGUCAUCAGUCUAUGUCCAACUGUCCAGGGACCCCCCCUGAGAAGUAUAUGCCUUGUAAUCUGGAACCAUGCCCGCCUCUGCAGGAGUGGAGGGUUGGAACCUGGGGACCGUGUUCAGUGAGCUGUGGAGAUGGAGUGAUGGAAAGAAUAGUGCAGUGUGUGACAGCAAAUGGCCAGCAACGCAAUAGAUGCUCACUGGAUGUCAUGCCCGAAGCAAGAAAAGUCUGCAGAAGCCAAAGCUGCUAUUUGCCUUCGAGCUGCCAAGACGUCCAGAGCAUAAACGGCCCUCUUGCAGAUGGUGAACACUUAUUGAAUAUUCAAGGAAGUACUCUCAAGGUCUACUGUGCAGGAAUGCAGACAGAGAAUCCACGGGAGUAUAUCACCUUGACAACAGGAGAAGAAGACAAUUUUUCAGAGAUCUUUGGCUUCAGGCUCAAUGACCCCACCCAGUGUCCACCAGCCAAUGGGUCCAGGAGAGAAGACUGUGACUGUCGUCGGGACUACGCUUCUGCUGGCUUCACCACCUUCUCCAAAGUGCGCCUGGAUGUGAGCAAAAUGAACAUCAUCACUACAGAUUGGCGAUUUGCAUUGACUCACGAAGGCAACACGGUUCCAUUUGGCACCGCAGGAGACUGCUACAGCGCCUCCCAGUGUCCACAGGGCCGGUUCAGCAUCAACCUCUCGGGAACAGGUUUUAAGGUGGCUCCAGACACCUUGUGGACUUCCCAGGGCAAUUAUGUGGUGUCUGAUGUGAGGAAAUCAAAGGAUGGCAGCAGAGUGUCAGGAACCUGUGGUGGCUACUGUGGUAAAUGUACUCCAUCCUCCGGGUCCAAUCUUCACGUUACAGUGGCUUAGAUUCUUUUCAACCGGAACUGUAAGGGGUGUCGUUGUGACGUCACAAUGACAGUGCUGCAGUUAUGUGUCAGGUGCUCAAUAGUGUCAGGACAUCCCUCCACCUUGGUGCUACAACCAACGCACAGCUCAAAUCCAUCCAUCACAUGACCUUUUUUUUAACCUUGUAUAAAUGGUAAUGGUGUAAUUACUGUAAAUACAACUAUGUGGCACAUUUAUGUCUUAUUUAUUGUAUUAUUUUUUUAUUGUAUGACUUAGAUUAAUUAGUAAAUGCCACAUGGUGUUAUAUAGCAUUAUCAUUGACUUUUAUUUUACACUUUUAAUUACAUUGUGAUCUCCCUAGGCAAUAUGUAAACAUACUUUUGGCUAUAUAUAUGUAGAGCCUCCUUAACACCAAGUCCAACUCCCAUGUCGCAGCUGCUAAACAUCUUGAAUAUGACUUUAAUGGUUGUUGAAAUUGCCCACUUAGAGCAAAUGUGGACAACAGUUGUGUGUGUGUGUGCAGCUGUUUUUAUUAAUACGGAAUUAUAGCCUCAAACCAUAAACAAUGGAGUAGACCUCCAACACUUUCUAUUGAAGAAGUCAGAGGUCGCUGUUGUUGAAUGAGAGGGUCCACCUCAUAGAUGUUUGAUGGGGUUGAGGUCAGGGCUCUCAAGUUCUUUCCUACCAAACUACUGUAAGCAUUCCUUUCUCCCAGCAGGGAACCUUUCCCAAACCUUUCCCAAAAGUAAGCAUAAUUAUCCUAAAUGUUGACAUUGAUUCAUUGCUGUUGUCCGUGUCGCGUAUCCUUUUCAAGGAUAUAUUAUGUGGAUUUUUAUCAUAUAGACCAAAGAAGUUGCAAAAAAAAAAACUUCCAGACGAACAAAUUCCUCUGUACUCUGGCAAGACUGGCAUCAGCAUCAGGUAGCGUGACGAAGCGAAGCCAUGAGCCUGGAGAAAAGCAGACUGGUUAUCUUAUCUGGAGUUGCUUGAAAAAAAUCCCGAAAGAAAGAUUUCACCUCAGGCUCGUAAAAAAAAACUCCAGAAGAUACCCAGCAGAUGUUCUCCACGGGUCCCCAGAGGGACCUCACAAGUAGUACAAGCUGCCUGAGAUCUGGGCACAUGAAUUCUCUUAACUGUUACCGUCUGUACUUUCUCCAAUGGUGGAACCUUGGUUAGCGUCAUUUAUUUAGCUCCAGAAGGUUUUACAAUUAUUUAGUUUUACAUAAGGUAAACAAUUUAAAAACAUAUAAAUGAAUGAAAAAGGAAAAAUUAACAUUUAAGGCUAAUUUUACCUUCACUGAAGACAUGAUUCUUGAUGUGACUGUUCCCAGAGACACAAUGUUGCAGCGAGACACCACCUUCUUGUUUUGCCAUGAGUUAUUUCCUGAAUUGGUUCUCAACUCAAUCACCCAAAAUAGAGCCACAAAAAGUUUCACGUGACAGUAGUAAUAGUGAAAAACACUUCAAAGGUCACUUCAAAUGUUCAUUUAUCCCUUUCAUUUGUCAUUUACAUGCAUUUGUAAUUGUUAUGUAUGUAAAACUAUCCAGGGUGUACCCCGCCUCUCGCCCGAAGACAGCUGGGAUAGACUCCAGCAUACCCACGACAUGUUUUGUGUUAACAUUUUUGAGUCAGCCUUUGAUGACGUCAUAGAUGACAUGAAAAAAAUUUGUGUGAAUUUUUGACGUUAACUGAAAAACCGGGGCGAAUGCUAACCAAGGUUCCACAGUACUAUUUAUUUUCGUUUUUUUAUUGUCUGUCCAACAUGUACUAGUACAGUGAUUCCCAAAGUGUGGGCCGCGGCCCCCUGGUGGGCCAUGAGAGGUCAUUAAAAAUAUGAUUAAUUUUUGCAAAUAUUAUUUUUUAAAUGAUUUUUCUUGUAAAAUAUUUAUUGCACGAUUUAAAAAAUAUACAUUUAUAGGCCUAAGUAAUAACCUAUUGAGUGUUAUUGACCUGUCACAAUAUUUUAGGAACCUUAUGCAGUUUAUGAUUGGAAAGUAGCUCUUUGGUCAUCAUGGCAGUCUUGAAUGCAGUUAUGAAAAGUAUCAGAAUUAAUUAAGAAUUAAUUAAUUAAUUCUUCACCACAUAUUAAAAGUUUGGGCUUCCU